CAAACAGGAUUUGACCGAGGCAGACAAACAGUUGGAUACAAAAUCCUCAGGUCAUUUUGGCUGGUUGGCUGGUUUUUGAGUGCACUAAGACACCUGAUCUUAUCGCUAAAGUCAUCGUAGAACGAGAGAGAGAAUUCUUUGGAUCAAUUGUUGAUGAUGUCGUUGUUGUGUUGUUGACAAAAGGACUAUCACAACAAUGGCGGCGGGUUGUUGAAGCUGAAGGAAAGAUGCGGAGGAAAUCAGACGCGGAAAAAGUGACUAAUUUUGUAGAAAUCCUAAUUUUUACUAAGGCAUGUGUUCAUGUCGGCUAGUAGAACCGGUAUCCGUACGCAAAUCACCCGUCCGUCUGGAAGAUUUCUACCCCCUGUUAGAGAUGGACGGGUCGACUGACGAGCGGGACCUGGAGGACGAUGACAUUUACGGUCAGCUGGAACAGAAAGAAAAAGACUUGGUGCUUGCGGCGGAACUAGGCAAGGCUUUGUUAGAAAAGAACGAAGAACUGACCAGAAUUCACGAGCAAACUGUGGAGGAAUACAACAUCAAAAUAGAGGAAUUAGAACAAGAGAGAUACCACCUGAAGUUGAGGCUGGACAAUGUCAGUGGGGAAUAUGACAACACAGUGCGAGAAUUGCAGUGGGACAUUACACACUUGCAACAGCAGAUGCAGGAGCGGGUGCAGCUGUCGCAGGAAUCAGAAAAAGAUCGCUGCCAGAUCAUUCGAGAACUUACCCAGCAGAAUGAACGUCUCACAGAACAGCUCCGAAAGGUAUCCACAUGCAUGCAAGAUGAGGAGCUUGACCUGCUACUAGUAAAUAUGUCCAUGCAUCUUACUGGAACGACUUUGUCGGAGGAAGAGUUAACAGGCCAGGUUCAAAGUUUGCGUGACCAGCUGUCGUCACGUCGCACCUCGAUGCACGACCACAUCCAUCAGCUGGAGGUACUCCAGGACGAGAUUAACUUGUUGACGGGUCGCACCCAGGAACUGGAGCGUCGCCUGGCAGUGGUCACGGAGGAGCGCGAUUCUCUGGCCUGCAGUCUAGAGGAAUGUCAGGACCGUAUUCUUAUGCUCGGCAAACAAAACCAUGAGCAAGAAAACCAGAUACGAUUAAAGGGGCGAGAUAUUGAAGAGCUUCGUGCCACAAACGCGCAACUUGAGGACCAGGUGGAGAAUAUCUCUAACAGACUUGCUCCAGUGGAUUUCAACCAAUCCCAAAACUUAUUCAGUGAACUCUCCCAGCUGUCGGACUCACCGGAUGUUGACAUGGGCAGCAAAUCCCCACUGCCGCAUGCUCUGUUCGAGACUGACUGGAUGAAUGAAGAGGAGAUCGAGUGUGAUGACAGCUUCACCAUGGCAACCAUGUCUAACUCCUCCCACGAAUCGGAGUUUAUGAAUUUCAAUAACUCGCCUUCAGCAGAGCACGAGUUGCGUAAGGAGUUGUUGGAGGCAUAUCGUCAGCUGCAAGAAUUGUGUCGAAAUUUGAAAUCCAGAGAAACGGGAGAAAGUGAGGAAAGAGAGGAGGUUCACAUGGUACAGGCUGGACAGUUGAUGGUAGUCAUUCGACAGCUAAGGGAGAUAAUCCAGUCUAGCUUUAAUCAAAACAAUGAAACAGGUGGCCCUCUGGUGGAAGAAAUGAAAACUAAGAUGGGAGAACUGCAAACAGCAUACUCUUCCAGCCAGAAAGAAGUGGUGAAGCUGACAACAGAGGUUCAGAUGAAAGACGAAGAUCUGAAACAAAGAACCAACCAGCUGGAAGAAUUCUUAGCAGAUUUACGGGUGCACCAGGAUUCCUACAGCUCUUUACAGGCCGAGCGUGACCGGCUCCAGGACAGUCUGCUGGGAGAACUGGAUGCAGAGGAUGUGCUUAACCAAACCCGCGCUGAGAGGAUGGCCAUGAAACAGCGCAAUAAACUGGAGGACAAUCUGGCCAGUGUCAAGAUGGAUGUUCUAAGCUUAAACAGCCAAUUGAUGGAAGCCAUACAACAAAAGGUAGAACUGUCUCAAAAAUUGGACCAGUGGGAGGUAGACAUGCAUGAGGUUCUGGGACUUCAGAUGCAGAAGAGGAUUGAAGAGGACACAGUGCGGGAGAAAGCCGUGGCGGAACUGGAGCUCACCAAACAGGACCCCACCUCCAAACCCAAGAAAAGCUUCUUCGCAUUCAGCCGGCACUGACCCUAGUUUGUGCCAAUCCUACUGGCAAAGAGACCUUAGGUUCUCUAAUCCAAGAAUUGUUUCUCUUCCAGUUCAGUUGGCACUGACCCUAGUUCAAGCUGGUACCAAAAGCAUUGAGACAUCACAUGCUCUAAUCCAUGAAGUAUUUCUCUUUGAGUUCAGUUAGCACUGACCAAAGUUCAAAUUGGCACCACUGGCAAAGAAACAUUAAGUGCUCUAAACCAAGAAGUGUUUCUCUUCCAGUUCAGUUGGCAAUGGGCUCAGAUUGCACUGGUCCUGGUGGCUGGAAAAUUUUACUUCCAAACUGAAGAAAAGUUUUUUUAUUCAGUGUAACAGCAUUAAUCCGUUCCCGUCAUCAAGCUUGCAGGAGACUCUGCUCUGUAACACUCUGAUGGUUGCCGUUGACAACUGGAGAUGCUCUUGGUGUUGGAUCAUGGAACACCAGAUCUGAAGGUUUUAGAAAAAAAACAAAAAUUAGCUUUUCAUCCCUGUGGUCUUCUUGUAAUCUUGAUCCUCAACGGUCUUUCUAUUUACGAGGCUUGUGUAAUCAGGACAUUUUGCAUUAACUGUUUCAUUUUGAUCAUUAAUAAGUUGUUCAUAAUUCUUGUUGCAAAAUGUUCUACUGACCUUUGAAAGGUUGAUCUGAGGAUUUGUGGCAGGUAGGAUAAUAUCCGACUGGAAAUGUGUAAGUUUCUACACCAAAAAAUAAUAUUUUAUGACAUUUUUUCUUUGCCUUUAAAAAGGCAAUCCUUGGAAAAAGAAAAUUUGGUUAUUUGUGCUACUUGAGCUAGGCCUGGUCUCCUCCCCUAUUUCAAAACACCCUGAAAAUUUAUACCUAUGAAAUUGUAUAGGUAUACUAUAUACAGUUUAUUGUAUGAUGCCAGAAAAGUGUUUUCCACCAAUGGAACCACCAGAGACUUUGUUUUUUUUUUACAUUAUUUCAGUUUCAAUUAAAUUUGAUUGCGAUGAAUAAAUAGAUCUGUUAUGUAAAUUUGUUAAUUGUACGUUAUUGAUGAGGUAGUAAGUUGCAUUGACGAAACUGCUGGAGACCCCAAAGGUACUGUCUCUUGUUGAUAUACAUGAUGUGAAUGAAAAAAAAAACAUCAAAAAACAAACAAAAUUUAAAGUAGAAAUACUUGAGAAAAGCUCUUUAUAAGUUGUUUGUUAUUCUCAGCUGGUCGGUAUUUUUUGUCUUGUCUCCCAAGGAUCUCAACUCUUGCUUUAAGAAACCUAUUCUGUUGUAACAUGUUAUUGAGAGUGCAUUAUUGCAUAUAUUAUUUGCAUGCAUCGUUGUAUAUAUAUUGCUUGUAUGCUUUCAUGCAUGGGUCAUUUUUUAAAAAAAAAUGCUGAGUCAUGCCCUAAUUAAUCUUCAACAAAAAGUC